AUGGUAAUUGUUGGGAUCACUGGGACUUUAAGCGCUGGCAAAGAAACAGCAGCUCAGUAUCUCCAAGUCGUCCACGGCUUUCACAUAGUAAACCUAGAAAACAAGAAAUGGGAAGAAAACAUCCCUCGUAAUUUUUAUUUAGGCGAUGAUUUUGAGACUGAAGAAAGCUUCCGAGCUGCCAUUGCUACACAAGCUUUAAAAAUGAUAAUGAGUGACUGGACUCAGCACUAUAUUGUCUACCCUAUCACUCUGCCAGAAGAACUCCUGAUUUUCCGAAAACGUAGCUAUUUCAUGCUCAUCGGCCUGGAUGCGCCAAUUAGAAGCCGCUAUGCAAAUUACUGUAAAAAGCAUGGAAAGCCAAAAAAUCAAUUGCAAGGCUUUUUGCAUAUGGAUGACCACGUAAAUUCCACAUAGACCAAGUUCGGCCAUGACGGGUAUCCCUGCAGAAUCCACGAGUGUCUUCUGUCUGCUGACCGAAUUAUUCAGAAUAAAGGGACUUUAGAAGAACUUUACCUGCAGCUGCGCAUGCUUGACUCAUUAAAUAUUGAACAUGUGCGGCCUUCAUGGGACACUUAUUUUAUCAGGCUUGCAGAAAUGGCCUCUACAAGGUCUUCUUGUAUGAACUAUAGGUCAGGCUGUGUUUUAGUGCAAAAUAAAAGCAUUAUUUCUACAGGCUAUAAUGGGACACCUACAAAUACGCUAAACUGCAAUGAAGGAGGAUGUGAUGCUUGUAAUAGAGGGGAAGACACUGAGGACUGUAUUUGUAUACAUUCAGAGAUGAACGCGUUAUUGGAAGCUGGGAGACAAAAAGCAUCAGGCGGGACAAUUUAUUGUACUCAUUUUCCAUGUUUGGGGUGUGCCAAGAGUAUUCUUCAGUCUGGAAUUGUGAGGGUUGUGUACAGUAGAAUAGACUCGUUGAACUCGACAAUUGAGCAACUUUUUAUUAAUGCUGGGGUACAGGUGGCCUGGAAACCGCCGGCCAUUGUGGCGGAUAUUCAAAUCAGUGAGAAUUUGGCCCCGACGAAUGAUUAA